AUGCAGCUGCUGCGGGGCAGGCACUACCGCGAUGACCUCGGCAUACAUUUCGGAGCCAUUCGGAAGCCGCGCCUCGGGAACACCCAGCUCAUCAAGCAGGCCGCGGACCGUGGGUGGAUCCUGGACGGCGGCGAACCGGCCGGCACGUACCCGCCAGAGUGGGACAACGCAUACGCCAAGGGACGCAACAUCGAUUUCUCCCAGCAGGCGGCGCGAGACUGGUACGCCGAGCAGAUGGCGCCUUUCUACGCGCAGGGGGCGAGCUUCUGGUGGAACGACGAGGGCGAGACCGACUACUUCACCAACCACUGGUGGAACACGGCGGAGGUGCAGGCCCUGGCGUCGGUGGACGCCAGCAAGCGCUUCUACUCCCUCAACCGCGCGUGGACGCCGGGCAUGGCCCGCCUAGGGGCUGCUGCCUGGACAGGGGACAUCAUGGCGACGUGGGAGGACCUGCAAACGACGCCGGGUAUGAUGCUGAACUGGAUCGUUUCCGGCGCUCCCUACGUAGCCUGCGACAUCGGUGGCUUCGGUGGCAACACCACUAGCUUCCUGCUGUCGCGGUGGAUGCAGGUGGGCGCCUUCAUGCCCCAGAUGAGGAUACACUCCGUCAUCAACGCGAUCCCGCACUGGCCGUGGCGCUUCGGACCAAACGCGGCUCACGCGAUCAAGAAGCAGCCGCCUCCGCCGCCCUGCGGCGCGGCCGCGGGGCGGCCGCUGCCAGCGGGGCUGCCGGGGGCCGGGCUGGCGGUGCUCCAGCCGGCGGAGCUGCACGAGGCUCGGCAGGUGGCCGCGGGGGCCGUGGUGGCCAGGAUCCAGCGGGAGAUGCACAAGCUGGGGCAGGCCUACGAGGACGAGAUCCGCGUGUGCCUGCGGGAGGCCGAGGAGGCGCAGCUGCAGCAGCAGGCCGCUGAGGCCGAGCUGCGCGCGUUCGAGGGCGAGCUGCGGGCGCUCCGCGCGACCGGGCUCCAGGAGCUCCGCGAGGGCCCCACGCCGCACGACGCGUGCCGGCGGCCCACCGCGCACGAGGCGGCAGCGUGCUCGCCCCGCGGGCUGCCGCGCGCCGCGCACGAGGCGGGGCCGCCCAGCCAAGGCGCUCUCGGCUCUGCCACUGCCGCGCCCGAGCGGGCGGCGCCGUCCGCUCGGCAGGAGGAGCCUCCGGCGCUGCGGCCGCCGGGCGGGCCGCGGCCGCCGCCGGGGCUGGAGCUGGCAGAGCCGGCAGCGUCAGCGGCUCCACCGCCCCCGCCCCCGCCCCUGAGGGGGUUUCAAGACAUGGGGCCAGCUCCGAAGGGGGCGCCGCUGCUCCCGCAGGAGAUGGAGUGA